AUGGCCUGGUUACUUCGCUGGGAUUCACUUCAUUGUACAUGCAACCUGCGCCGCCAGUACGGCCGCCACCCGCCGCCUCAACCCAACGCCGACGACUACGAACACCCCGAAGCACAGCGGCUGCAUGACCAACCCCACGACGACUGCGAAGGUCGUCAUUUACCAGAUUCUGCUGCGGAGGCAUUGCCAGGCGUGGAUGUGGGUGGUAACGCCGAAGAUGAUGGCGUAGGCGAGGGCAGCCCCACGGUUGGGGCUCUUGCCUGCGCCUUCACGAAUUGGCUCAUUGUUCAAUUGUGGGAAGUGUUCUUGGAACUUUUCUUUGAGGGUCGCGGGAGUUAUGCUGGCAGCGGCGUAGAGGGCCAGCCACAGAAGCUGGAAAAGAAGAUAGGCGAGCAGAAAGAAGCGUCCAGGAAGUCCCAAGAAGCAACAAAUAAGAAGAAGAAAGAUGUGGAAGUGAAGGAUGAUGCGGAUGAUCAGAAGAAAGAGAGGAAUGGGAUGAGUAAUGAAGAAGAACAUGAACAGGACGGGGGCAGAGUCUGGGAAGGCCGAAGCGAGACGAGUGCGGAGAAGGAUUUUGGUAAGCCGACAUACGUGAAUGAUGCGGCGAACGGGCUGAUAGGUGGUGGGUGGAGGGGCGAGACUUACAAUCCGGUACAUGGUAACCAGGUGGCGGCGAAAGUGGAAAAUGAUCAAGAGAAUCUCAUACCGUCGGAAGGCUCUGCAGAAGGUAUGUUUGCAUCGAGUGAAGGUUCAAUAGGGGUAGCCAACAGGCCAGGCACUCUCUGGGCCACUUUUGGAGCCAACAGUCUGUCGAAUUUUUGA